UACUAGCAUUUCAUAGUUUGCUUUUACACCUCUUAUUAUGAUGUUUUCUCUCUCUGCUGUCUGUCUCUCAGCCUAAAAAUCGCUGUCUUUCGGUCUGCAUACCUAUCAUCAUCACCAUCCCUCUUUCUGAAAACUCUGUCACCAUGAGAGUGAGAGCCAAACUCCUGUGAUCGCCACCACCCUCUUCAUCAAACCCUUCUUCUUCUUCUUCUUCUUCUUCUUCAUCUUCUACCAAACACCACAACCUCAAACAAACACAACAACAACAACAAAGAGUAUUUGAUUCUGUGAGUUUGUGUCACUGAUUCUAUGAAGCCUUGCAUGAAUGAAUGAUAACACCACUCACAACAUCACAACACCAACAACAACUCUCCCUGUUCUUCUACCAUGGCCUUCCCUCCCUCUCACACCUUCAUGUUCCAAACCCAUGAAGAUCAUGACCACCACCAACUCCACCUACGCUCCACCUCUUCCUCCCUCAACGCCUUCCCCUCUUUCCCACCCCAUCACUUUCAAGGCGGUGGUGCAGGUGCAGGUUUCAUGAUGAAGCGAUCGAUGUCGUUUUCAGGCAUAGAGAACAAGUGCGAUGAAGUGCAUGGAGACGACGAGUUGUCAGAUGAUGGAUCUCAGCUAGGGGAGAAGAAGAAGAGGCUGAGUUUGGAGCAGGUGAAGGCUCUUGAGAAGAGUUUUGAGUUGGGGAACAAGCUUGAGCCUGAGAGAAAAAUGCAGCUUGCAAAGGCUUUGGGCCUUCAACCGAGGCAAAUCGCUAUAUGGUUCCAGAAUAGGAGAGCAAGGUGGAAGACCAAGCAGCUUGAGAAGGAGUAUGAAGUUCUCAAGAAGCAGUUUGAAGCUGUGAAAGCUGAUAAUGAUUCACUCAAAGCUCAGAAUCAGAAACUACAUGCAGAGUUGAUCAUUCUCGGGAGGUGUCAGUGUGACAGUGUCAGAACUGAGAGCUGCGAAUUAACACUACAAAGUCUGAAAAAUAGGGAGUGCUGUGAAACCGGAACAGUAGUUAGUCAGAAGAAAGACACUGAGGGUUCUUGGAGCAAUGGAAGCAACAACAGUUCAGAAAUCAACUUGGACCUCUCAAGAACACCAGUGAUGAACAGUCCUGUGUCUUCUCAGAAUGGAAAAAGCCUCAUACCAAGUUCCCACAACAAGCCAACAAGCAUGACUCAACUCCUUCAAUGCUCAUCAAGAUCAGAUCUUCAAGAUGAGAGCUUCUGCAACAUGUUCCACAACAUUGAUGAGCAGCAGAAUUUUUGGCCCUGGACCGAGCAGCAGCACCAGUUUCAUUAAUCAAAAAAACUUGAUUUUGGAUAUUAUAAAUGAUUUGAGGUUGAAAGGUUGUGAGAAGUAAUUAAGUUCAUUAAUUAGGCUUAGCUCAACUUUUUUUCUCUCCCUACCAGUUUUUUUUCUUCUUCAGUUUAUGCUUAUGAUGUAGAUUGGUGUAUAAAGAGUUUGAACACAUUUACUUGAGUCAUGAUCAAGAGAGGUGGUGAACUUUGAAUAGUAGAGCAUCUUUUUUUC